UUUAGUCCUUUAUGCUGCUCACAGUCCACCAUGUAAAUAGAGAGAAUAAUGAGCACAUGACUGGUUACUGCAGUUCUAGGGCACCGCCAGCAGGAGACGCUGUAGCACAAUACUGCAAGUCAACACGGUUGCUACUCGUUCGACGCAUCAAGUGAAGGUGACACGAAAACAACUUUAACUGUGCUUUAUCAGACCAGCGGUGAUGCAGGCUGUAGCAGGUCCAGUCUGCAUGUGCAGAGUAACCAAACAGGGUUUGUGAGCUGUUUGAGUCAUGUGAGGAGGAGGAGGAGGAGGAGGAGGAGGAGGACAGGCUACACCUGCCGCAGAGACCGUGCCCUGCCUUUCAACUGAGAGCCAAGAUGGGGUUCUUUCAUUUGGGCCUGAUCUCUUUAAGACACCAGCAAAUAUUGAACAAGACUCCAAACUCAGUCGUCAUCUGUUGCCGUGGUCGCCUCUCCGCUCCUUACUACGUGUGGCUGUUGUCAUCAUGGAGGAACUGGGCAGGACCCAGCACCUGGCGACGACUGUUGCAUUCUCACAGUCAUUGAAACUCAUCUUGUGGGACUGGUAUGGCUGGUUUCGCCCAGUUUGGCCUCUCCACCAAUCGCUCGUCAUCCAAGUUGCCUUGAAACAGGAAAGUGCACUGAGGUGCCACUCAAGAUGGAAGUCAAGAAGAAGAACGUUUGGGAGAAUUUCCGUCUGAAAACAAAGUUGGUCAAUUUGAAGAAACGUGGAAAGAAGACACCGGAGAAGCAGGGGAAGAAGCUGACCUAUCGCCGCAGUAUUUCUGUCCCAGACCUGAGGUUCGUGCCAGGUGAAGCUGGAGGUCCACAGUCCACAGCCUUCAUGUCAACAGACUCUGACACCAUCUACUUUGGCAUCUCUCCUGGGCCGAGUGAUACUGAUUCGGUCACAAGCGGCUCAGUCACUGAUGGAAUGACUUUUACCAACAAACCAAACUCACAUCCACAUCCAGAAAUCCCGGCCAGGGUUUGCAGAGAUCCCACAACUGCAGCUCUGAACAAGGUGAACGUCGCUGAAGAAGCUUUGUAUGCACAAGUUUAUAAAAAUCCAAGGCAGAAUGUGCGUAAAUUUACUUUUGACCCUGUUCCUGUACAAGGACUUCCACCAAGACCAGACCUUAUAGAGAGAGUGAGUCUAUCAAGUGAAGACAACCCUGAUGAGAGGGUCUCUUCAGGUUCUCUUGCUAUUGCAGCACUGGCCAGAGCAAGCUCACUUGGAGAGCAAGUCAGCCCGUACUUAACAAAGAAGAGCACGUCGUAUGAAAGGACUCCACCAGCAAUCAGAAAAACUCGUCCAAACAGUAUGCCUCCGACUUUAGAUAUUCUGGAGAGUGCAGAUGGCACCUCGCUGGACUCGGCCUGUGGCGCUCAGAGUGAGGAGCGAGUCAACCUGCCCUCUGUGACCGAAAUGGAGGAACUGGAGCGAGAAGCCCUCUCUGCCUUUUACAUUGGAGACUUGAGCACAGAAGAGGCUCUGCUCGAGGAGGCCCAGCGUGACGAGGAGGUUCUGGACGAGAUGUCCAGUGAACCAUGUGACUUCUUUGACGAACAUCUGCAGGAUUCUUUAGAAAACCCUCAGGAAACGACAGCGGGGCCUGAAAUCCAAGCGCUCGCGAUCCAGCGAUACCUCCUGAAUAUAAACCUGAAGCAGGGCAAGAACCUGGUCAUCAGGGACAAGCGAGCAGGCACGAGUGAUCCAUAUGUGAAGUUCAAACUGGAAGGGAAGCAGUUCUAUAAAAGCAAAGUGGUUUAUAAAAACCUGAACCCCCGGUGGAACGAGUCGUUCUCGCACCCUCUGCGGGACAGAGAGCAUGUUGUGGAAGUUCGAGUCUAUGAUAAAAACCGGACCAGUGAUGACUUCAUGGGCUCCAGCUCUAUUUCCCUGAAAAAUCUUGAUUUGUACAGAACCUACGAGAUGGAGCUGCGUCUGGAUGAUCCAAAAAGUAAAGAGGAUGACAUGGGAGUCAUCGUUGCCGAAGUCUGCCUAAUGUUCAGAGAUGCCACCAUCAAAAGAAGCCCUAGAUGGCCACCACGAAAGAAUAAGCAGCAGAACCAGGCUGCACCAACCCAGCGGGCAGCAGAUGUGCAGAAGAACCAGCCAAAGAACCAAAUGUGGAUCGGGGUCUUCCGUAUCACCUUGGUGGAGGGACAGGACCUGCCACAGUACGGCCAUGGGGACAUUUACGUGCGCUUUCGCCUCAGUGAUCAGAAGUACAAGAGCAAGAACCUUUGCAUUCAGGCCAAUCCCCAGUGGAGAGAGCAGUUUGACUUCAAUCAGUUCGAAGAUAACCAGGAACCACUGCAGGUGGAGUUGUGCUCAAAGAGAGGGAGAAAGGCUGAGGAAUCGUGGGGGAUGUUUGAAGUUGACCUAUCAAGGCUUUCACUUAAUGAGAGGCACCUCUACACUCAUGUGCUGGACCCAGGAAAGGGCAGACUGAUGUUUCUGGUCACCCUGAGACCCUGCUGGGGAGUUUCUAUCGCUGACAUGGAGGAGGCGCCCUUGGAGAAGCCUGAUGAAAAAGACACAGUCCAAAAAAAAUUUAGCUUGAAAAACUCUCACAAAUGUAUGGGGGAGGUUGGCUUCCUUCAGAUCAAGGUUAUAAAGGCCACUGAUCUACCCACAACAGACCUCAAUGGAAAAAGUAACGCCUUUUGUGUCAUUGAGCUCGGUAACUGCAAGCUUCAAACUCACACCGUCUACAAGACGGUCAAUCCUGAGUGGAGCAAAGCCUUUACUUUCCCAAUUAAGGACAUUCAUGAUGUGGUUGAGUUGACUGUCCUCGAUGAAAAUGGAGACAAAAACCCAAACUUCUUGGGGAAAGUGGCUAUUCCUUUACUGAGUGUCCAGAAUGGGCAGCAGAUGAGUAUGUUGUUGAAGAAGGAAGACUUGGGAAGUGCAUCCAAAGGAACAAUCGUGCUGAUGCUGGAGGUUAUCUAUAAUAAAGUCCGAGCCGGCAUCAGAACCUUCCAACCAAAGGAGACCAAAUUAAUGGAGGAAAACCUGAAGUUUUCCAAAAAGGUUCUUGCCCGGAAUAUAUGCCGGGUUCGAAAAAUCAGCACGGCAGUUCUGUACACGUUACAGUACAUUAAAAGCUGUUUUCAAUGGGAGAGCACACAACGGAGUCUAAUAGCCUUUCUGAUCUUCCUGGUGACAGUGUGGUACUGGGAGCUCUUCAUGCUGCCGCUUUUCCUGCUUCUGCUCAUCGCGUGGAACUACUCUCAGCUCUCUGCAGGAAAGGCCAACGCCAACCAGGACCUGGUGAACAUGAGCAUGGGUGACGACGAGGAGGAAGACGAGAAGGAAUCUGCAAAAAAGGGCUUGAUGGAUAAGAUACAUAUGGUGCAGGAAGUAGUACUGGCUGUCCAGAAUGCUUUGGAGGAAAUUGCAAACAUUGGCGAGCGAAUGAAGAACAUAUUCAACUGGUCUGUUCCCUUCAUGUCAUGCCUGGCCUUCCUGGUGCUGUUUGUGUCAACAGUGCUGUUAUACUUUGUCCCACUGCGGUAUCUUGUACUGAUAUGGGGCGUUAACAAAUUUACCAAGAAGCUCCGCAACCCAUAUACUAUUGACCAUAAUGAAAUACUGGAUUUCCUCAAGAGGGUGCCUUCUGAUGUUCAAAAGGUGCAGUACAGCGUGCUGAGAGCGCCCACCAGCCAAGGCCAGCCACGGAGGAAAAAGUAGGCUCGGCGGACACGCCGGAUGAAAGCCUGUUCUCCUGAAUGCGCGUGACGCAGUCUACCUGACAACGAUGCUGUGGUGCGAUCCGAGCCCGUGACCCCGCACACCCCACCAUACCACCCUAACUCUGCCCCCUGCUGCUGAGGGCCAGACAGCCGCACUCUGCCUCUCCCCCCCCCUGACAGGGGUUGUGAACUGCAGCAGCGAGGAGGGAAGCACAUGGUGCUGUCAAUCACAAGCCCGGAGGUAAAGAAAAGAGCGUCGCGACGCUCAGCCUUCAUCUUCGGAUUUUAUUUAGUAAAGGAAGGAAAAGUGUCGGGUUUGGUUUACCUUCAGCUUCUUCUGUUUUGACUUUGUUUUCUUACUUUUGCUCAAACAGAAAAUUCUGCCUUUUAGGUAAAGUUUCUUCAAGCUAAAUGUUUGCUCUAUCCACAUUUUACAGGAUAUUAUACAUACAAUAAAUAUUCAGGGAGACUUUGAGAGCGUUCUUUUUACACAUUGGACAUAUUAGGGCAGUAAUGAAUUGUAUGGCUUUCUGAUCAUAUAAUGCAUUGAUUUCACUAUAUUUAUAUAUUUGUACAGUAUUUGUCUUUAAUGAAUGUAAAUCUCUGAUUUUUUAUUUUUUUUAAUGUAAAGUUACAUGUUGGAAAAAUCUAUAUGAAAUCUGGAGAGUUUAUUUUUUACUCAGCAUCACGUCUGCAUCAUCAAAUAAAGACUUUUGAUCAGUU